GUUAUCCAAAUACAUUCCCAAACGCAUUCCCCGCCACACACAAAGAAAAAGUACCCAAAUUCACAAGGACAAAUUUGUCAUUCAAAUAACGGCAUCCAAACAUCAGAAUCCGGCACCACCGCUCAAGAGGCUUCGCCGCCGCGCAUCUUUCUCUUCUCAUCACCCACCCCACUGUAUAGCCCUCUCUUCUCUUCUCUAAUGGCUUUUCAAGUUCAAGGCGAUAGGGCGGGAGUAAACCUUGUAAUGUUGAAUUCUUCGCGCUGCUCCACCAAUCAGUUUGUGACCUGCGUCGCAGCGGAUCGCGGAUUCAAGCCCAGGACCUCGAAAUCGGGAGGAGGACGGCUGAAAUUGACGGUGAAGGCGAGCUCGGAAUCGACUUCCACGCCUACGGAAACCACUACUCCGUCGUUUGGUAAGGUGACGGAGGUCAACAAAGAUACCUUCUGGCCUAUUAUUGAAGCCGCCGGUGAUAAACCGGUUGUGGUCGACAUGUAUACUCAGUGGUGUGGUCCUUGCAAGGUCAUGGCUCCCAAGUUUGAAGAAAUGUCUGCAAAGUACCUUGAUGUUGUCUUUCUAAAGUUGGAUUGCAACCAAGAAAACAAGCCAUUGGCAAUGGAGCUGGGUGUAAGGGUUGUUCCCACUUUCAAGGUUCUCAAGUAUGGCAAGAUUGUCCAAGAGGUGACCGGAGCCAAGCUAGAUGACUUAGUGGCUGCCAUCGAGUCGGCACGGUCAAGUUAGAAUUCUUCCCUUGUUUGAAUUGCCCUAUUUUGUGAAUAAUGCAAUCAAUCAAGUGGCAUGGAUAUAAUAAUGUAACAACAAUAAUAUUAAUAAUAUUGUUGUUCUCCUUUUUAUGUAAGUAAUUAAUAAUCCAAUAGGAUCCCUUCGUAUAUUUGUGUCCUUUUUAUUUCUUAGUAAUCACAAAUCCCCCACUUGAAUCUAAGGUCAUAAACCUCUCACUCGCAUAGUUUCUUCUUCCCAAGAUCUUAAAAAUGUCAAGGACACAAAAAUGAUGCAAAGUUUGGUAUGAUUCAAUGAAAAUUUGGGGCUCAGUUCACUUGAAAGAAGUUCAAUAACUGAAAAAUAAUGUCAUGAAAAUGUCUUCAUUUACCAUUAUAUGUAUCUCAAAUUAUCAACAAUGUUUGACAAAGGUUGAGUUUUAAAGGUUGAGUAAAAACUUAUGCUUUAA